GCGGGGAGAAGGUACUCCUGCGAGAAGCAAAGCUGCCCGGACUAUCCAAAUAAUUAAUCUAAAACAAACAGCGUCAAUUCAGAAUUAGCAAAGGAUGAAAACGGAAACGGUGGAACUCCGGUUGUACUGAAGAAUCUGUGCUAAAACGAGACAUUUACACUUUAAUAAAUUUGGGAGAAAACUGAUUAAUCAAAGGAAGAUAGAGGUUUUCCGAUCGAAGCAAGGGAUUAAGGACCUGCCACGGAGAAGCUGUCAGACUGGUACUUAAGUGGGAGCUUUAUCGCGAAGAACGCACAGCACUAACGCAUCACUGGUAGUCCGGUCUCGGCGUCUGUUUCUGAUCAAAGGGAUGUAAUCGUAAAUAUAACAAUUGCAGGCUGUGCCGCUGUUUCCCAAGUACAAGAUCAAUGGAAUUCCUGUGUGGUGGCGCUCCCCUUGGUAGUCGACCCCACGCUCCACCAUGUUGGCCUGUCUGCAGAGAAGGCAGAACCCCCAGCCUCAGCACCUGGCCUGCCCCAGCAAGACCCUGGAGACACCCCCCCCCACCAGCCACAAAUGUGAGCUGGUAGCGCCCAUGCAUUCCCCUCGGUACCCCAGCACGGCUGAGCUAGAUGCCUACGCACAGAAGACAGCCAGCAGCCCCCUGUCCAUCAAGAUCUUCCCCACCAAUAUCAGGGUACCCCAGCACAAGCACCUUAACCGGACUGUCAACGGCUAUGACACCACGGGCCAGCGCUACAGCCCCUACCCACACCUGCACACGGGCGGCUACAACGGCCUGCUCGCCAUCGUCAAGACCACGCCCCCCAUGACAACGGGAAAGGGCGUGGUAAAAAACUCGGAGGGCAAGCGGACUAAGCUGUCCCCGGCCCAGAUUGCAGCGGCCCCUUAUCCUCCACCAAGCAGCAGCACUUUAUCCCAGGGCAACGGGCAGAUACAGUACAGCACAGGCCACUCCAAACCCCCUGAAGCUCCCACAGUACCGGUACCUCCUAAUGUCACUCUGGCUGCUUCCGCUAUCCCCAUUGCAGGUGGCCGUGGCUUGGCCUUACCCCCGCAUUCGAACCUGCCCUCCAUUCAGAGCAUCAUCUACCAGAUUAACCAGCACUGCCAGGCCCAGGCUCUGCAGCAGGUAUGCCAGGGGGUGGUGGUGCCGGCAACAACCGCCAACCCCAGCCCAGCAAAACAGGUGGCGGGAGCUUCUGCAAACUCUUCUGGCAACAUGGCAGGCUUCCCUGGCGGCAUGAUGGCCCAGAGCGGUUUGGCCUACACUGGGGCGGUGUUGCCUACACAGGGGGCUGAGCUUGUCAAAGCUGGGGCAGCCUAUAUGGACAGCAUGGAUUAUAUUAUCUGGCAGCAAAAGCAGCAGCUGCAGCAGCAGCAGCAGCAUCAGCAGCAGCAGCAGCAGCAGCAUCAUCAGGCUGCACUGAGGAUGUACAGUGCCGGGAGCGGAGGAGGUGGAGUCAUUAGCAAAUCUCCGGAAACGUGUGUGCCGGGGAGCGCGCUGGGGGUGGUCGGCAGCGCCCUGGUAUCCUCCAGGCCUUACGCCCUGACUGCAAGUGCCGGUUGGCUGGACAAAGUGAGCUCCUCUCCGGUGAACUGCGCUGGCAUGCACGGCAACUUCUCGGUGGGCCAGUACUUUGCCCCUCCUUGGAACAGCGUGCUGGUGACCCCCGACAGCGACUGUUACAACCCCCAUGACAUUGUGGGGGCCAACACUGGGGGCGGCGGGGGGCACAGAGAGCUGAGUUUCCCCAACCAUCACCAUCAUCAUCACCACCACCACCCCUCUGACAGCGGCCUGUGCUGCAGCCUGCCCAGCAAGACCCUCUGCAACACCUCCAUCCUGAGCAGCAGCCUCCAGUCGCUGGAGUACCUCAUCAACGACAUCCACCCUCCCUGCAUCAAGGAGCAGAUGCUGGGCAAAGGCUACGAGACAGUGUCGGUGCCUAGGCUAUUGGAUCACCAGCACGCUCACAUUCGACUGCCGGUAUAUAGAUAAAAAAAAAUAUAAAAAAGUAAAUAACAUUGAAACAAAAAAACUAAGAAAAAAAGUUAUUAAAACAGUAAAGGAGAUCUUUAUUAUAUAUAAAUAUCUAUAGAUAUGCGAUUGGCACUGCUUUGAAAAGAGAAGGAUGGGUAAUAAGGUGGACUGAUUCGUCAUGGAGAUGGUUCCGCAGCUCCCCAAGGAGGUGUUGGCUCUAAGGGGCAAAGGUUGAAGGUGAAAGGGGAAUAGCACGUGUGUGUGUGUGUCUGGGGUGGUAGGCAGUUGGAAUUCAGUUCUGACGCUGGGAAAAUUGAUUGCUGGUUGGAGUGAGAUUUGCUAACGGGGGAUGGUUUGCUUUUGCUGGUUUUGUUUUUGUGAGCUUGCUACUGGAUGUGGCGCACACAGGUGAAAGAAAUAUGCACAUAAGCGCCCCCUACACCUCGGAGGACCAACACAAAAGCCAAGGCCGUGCAAAUGGUUGCAAACAACAAAGAAAAAGAGGGAAGACAAGAAUCGUCUUUUGCCGCUACACAGAUGAAAGCUGCAAGAACUGUUUUAGUGGGAAAAAAAAAAAUUUAAUGUGAAUUGCACUGCUUGGAGUAUAAAUGCUAGAAAAUGGGUGGGAGGGAGAGCAGGGUGAUCUGGAGUAAAUAUAUUUAAGAAACUUGAAAACUUGAACCUGUUUUAUUUUUUUUUCAGGUUGAUAUACAAUGUAUGUGUUGGCUGCUAAGGGAAAAGGUCUUUAUUUCUUAUUGCUUAUUAGAUUUUUCUGUUUCAGGGUUUUAAUUGUUGUUUUUUUUUUUUUUUUAAUAAGCUGUCUCCAGCUUCCUUGAAUGAAACAAGGCUGUUGCUUUUGGUUCUGCAAGAACCGUGGGCUUGAGGUGUUUGGUGGUGCACUAAAAAAAAACAACAAGCAAAAAACAAACCAUGUAUCAUGAAUGGUCUCGCCACUGUUCAAAUUUACAGGUGUUCCCCAGACUUGGUAUGUCUUUGCCUUAUUGGGGAUAUACAUUCAAAUAAAGUAGAAAAAGAUGCCUUUGAUUCUCGUUUUUGAAUUGGUUCCGAAGGUAGUUUUUAGGUUCAUGGGGGUAAGAUUGAAGAGCUCAGAUUUGAUCCUGGUUUAUAUGGUUUCCACAAUCAGAGUUAAGUGCAGAAAUCAAAUUGUAUACGCUGAGGGAAGAGAGAAAGCUCCUUUCUAGUAAUAACAGCAUGAAUGGGAUCAGGGAAAUGCCACCUUUUGAUCCCAGAUCAAUUCUGAAGGCAGCGGAAUUGCAUCUUUUGAAUUUUGAUUGGUUACCCAAGUGAUUGGCUUCAGUCCCAGUUGUGCCAGUUUGGAGAGUGUGUGUUUGAGAGAGAGAGAGAGAGAUUUACCUUGGAGCCAGUUGUAUCCAGUCAAGUGACGGCAAUCCAGGAUCCAAUCAGAACUUGUCUGCCCCCAGCUUCUUUUAAAAUUCUUCUAGAAAAAAGACCAGAUCUGAGGGUUCUCUUGCGAGUUUUCUUUUGAUUAAACAUUUUAAAUGCGUUUUAUUUUCAAGCCGUGACAUGUUGGAUGUAGUGUAUUGCACCAUGCACUGGCUUGGGCUUUGCAGACCAUUAUUAAUUAAUCUUUUCUACCUGAUACUGGUGUAUAAUGUAGACCUGGGCUGUAAUAUGAAUGUGCUGUAUUUAUAAGUAAGUAUUAAAAUGCUUGCCUUUUUAAAAAAAAACUGAACACAAUAUGAUAUGGCAGAACAAUCCUUGCAAGAGCCUGAGAACCUGAAGAUUAACGCUUUUCUUUUAAUUUGAUCUGUUUGCCCUCAUAACCAGGUUCAGUCUUCCUAUACAGGCAGACAGACUGAACUAGUACAGACUGUCAGACAAUAUUUCCCCACUGUUCACAUGGCCACUGCUUUUCCCGGUUCGCUUUUGGAAACAAGACAUUCAGUCCCUGUGUACUUUUUCUAAUCCAGCGUUUUCUUUCUCCAUAAACUUCUCUGGAUUGCUUUCAUCAGUCCUAUUUCGUUAUGCUAAUCAGGACUAAAGCAGGCUUGCCACAACCCGUACUGCACCCAGUGCUCUCUUCAGGAGAGUUGUCUUAAAAGUGAUUGAUUGAAUGAUUAACUACUGAGGAAAAACAGGAUGGCUUAAUUUAAUUUUAAUGCUGAUAUAACCCUCCUUCAAGCAAGGCAUUGCAUUCUGCCACAUCUUAGACUCAUUAGGGUUACAACUAAAAGAACUAGGGGAGCGACUGUAUAUCUCUUCCAGAUUUACAGAGCAGACAGGAAGCUGUAUUGACAUUUAUUUCAAUAUGAUUGGGAAGAUACAAACUCCUGUUUGUUGCACAUAAAGCUGAUGAGACCUUGGAAGCUGCAGCAGGGCAGUGCUGUAUUCGGGCUUGGGAGUCAGGUUUUGUGGUGGGCACCUGUUAGCUUUCACAAUCGGAUAGUGGGCGGAUUUUGCUAGUUUCUGGUAUAUAUUCCAUAUAUUGGAGAGCAAGCUCAAUCUGGUUUAGGGAACCUCAGAGAGAGCCGUCCCGCCCUCAUUGAGCAGGGGGGUGUGAAAUGGCUUGCAGUGCCUGUUUUUAUACUAGGACCUAAAUAAAUGCCCAAGUUUAACAGUGGCGGGACAGCAUGGAGCCUCAAUACAGCGUCUUUGUCUUCAGUGGAUUGAACGAUGCACUCGGCUCCACAGAGGGAUGGGGUGGGGGUCUUUUUAAAGGCUCCAUGCUGUCUGCUGCGGGCACCACGCUCUCUAUACCAUAACUGUUGAUGGGGGGGGGGAUAUAUUCCACCCACAGUGACCCUCUCCACUCUAGCAGUGCAAGCAGAUUCCUGACACAAACAAUGAGCUGCUCGCAUUAGGAUAAUGGUAUUAAAUUCCAAAUAGAGUUGAGCUCAGAGCUUCACUCAUCCACACUGGGUAUUCUCAGCUGUUGAAAUGCAGUGACAUAUGGUGGUGUAUCAUUAUCUGAACCCCCUCCCUCUUUACAGGACGGGCCAGUGAAAAACACUUACUGCUUAAACAAGCUGAGAGCCUGUGAUUUUCGGGGAUAAUGCUUAGCGAGGGGUGUCUCAGCCCACACUGCUUCCCAGUCCGUCUGCUCGGACCCCUUGAGUCGUCCUGCUGUCGUUACAAAGCACUUGGUCACGUUGCUUCCUCGUCCCUCAGUUCUGACCUCUUGUUACACAUGCCUCUUCAGCUCAUACAGUUAAGCCUGUCUGCUGUAGGUUUGACGCACAGUUCACGGUAGAAGAUUUCACAGGUGUGAGGUUGUGGAGAGGUGGUUUUGGGUUAAGGGCCUGGUGCGGUUUUUGUUUUGAAUUCUUCUGCAGUCCUUGAGGCAAGAGGUUUGUUAGGACCCCUCUCUGCUCGUCUCAGUGUUCGGCCUCAGUGCUUUCAGCCACUACUGGGCCUAGUCUCGGGGAACGGGCUUAAGCAAGCAAGGGGCUCCUCUGUCGGCCUGCAGUGUGCAUCUGAGGGUGUAAUUAAAUCACAGGGAAGAGGAGGCUGUGUUUGUAUAAAGUAAUAAGUGACUUUACACCAAGAGAUCUCAAAGUGCAGUCUGGUUCAGUGCCUGGCUGACAGUGCAUAUGCAUCACUCACCAACCAAAUAUAGGUAGUAUGUGUUAUUACAGACAAUGUUUUUUUUUUUUUUUAAACUAACCUCUGUACUGUGGUUCCCAUAUAAUGUUUGGCUUAAAACAAAGCAGUCUACCAAUACAGUAACUGUUAAAGAUAUAGCCUGUUUAAGUUUUAAUAGCAGUUAUACGAGUCUGUAACCUUGUGUAAGUGCCAUUGAUUUUACUUGCAAAUGUAUUUUGUAAUUCAACACCCCCUAGUGUUGAAAUUAGGCAUAGCCCCAUAACUCAAUAGUACACCUUCACGCUCGUCUUUCACUCGCCCUCUUCCUCCUCCCCUUCGCGAGCGCAUCGUGUGGCUCACCUCGGCUUGUUUAUCCCCCCCAGGAGAGUCACUAAUCAGCUUUCCCCCGAAACCUCGGCUACUCGAUACGACAACUAACUUCAUCAACAUUUUCAAGGGCACAGCGUUGAGACAGACAGAGCAAGAGGGAUGGAGAGCGCAAAUCCUGUGAGGGCAGUGGGGAGGAAGGGCUGCCCAGAAACUGCCUCAUUAGCCGGCUUUCUUCCACCCAUUUUUCAUCUCCUGUUUGGGAGCGACGCGAAAAGAGGGAAAAACUCUGCCUCCAUCCUACACAAGACAUUGGAUUUGUGGAUUUAUGAUGCUGGGUCAAUAUCUAUGCAGAUAGGCAGUGUCUGAAUGUAUUGCACACGCAAUGGCUGAUUUUGAUGACAAGUGGCUAAUCAGUUUAAGGAUUUCAUAAACUCCUAUCUCUAUAUUGACCGAUAGGGGAAUCUGGCUCCUGAUACGAUAUACGCUCUUUAAUUGUGUGUCGAGUCCAUAACAUUUUAUUCAAGGCAAUCCAGCCUUGUUCUCACAAGAGAUUUGAUACAGUUUUGUUUUUUUGUUGUUUUUUUUUCCGCAUAUUGUGGCUGUGAGAAGCUCAAGGCAAACCAGUGUGUGAAUUCAGCAAAAAUGAGACACAAAGGAGAUAGGCAAUGAGGGAAGGGAGGAAAGAUGCUGAAAAACAAAGGCAGCUGCUCUCUCUGUGGAAAUAAAAUUCACCCAGGCCAGCGCUGGCAACAGGGAGGGCUCUGUCCCCCUGGUACCACGCAGCCCCAUCCAGCCGUGCUGAGAAAUAGCAGGCAGAUUUGAAGUGUGCAUUGUCCCAUUCCGUCUGAUUGCUUGUUUGAAAGUUAUGCAGUGGCAGGCAGGAAACUAAAAAUAAUAGAUCAUCAGCACCUGAACAAUGGAAGAAUCUAAGCAGACAAACUGUUUAUUUGGGUGGGGGGUAAUAUUAUCCUUACUAGCAGUUUGUGGCAAUUCUCCUUCUGUUCCGAAUACAUCAGAUUUCCAAUCCCACUAGUUCUCAUUCUCUCUCUCUCUCUCUCUCAUAUAUGUGACUGUCUCGUCUCCAUUAGCUUUUGAAAUAGACCCCCUGGUGAAAUGCAAACUAAAACUGGAAGAAUGGCUUUAAAAGCAUGUAAUAAGUGAGAAGAGCAAUGCUCAGACUCAUCGCUCUGCCCUCACAGGCUGUCCGUCACACUCGCACGCACUCUUUUCAUUCCUUCGCUCAGUCCAGCACGGAGUGAGGCAUGAGGUAUUGCACUCCCAAGCCAUCCGCAGUCAUGCACGUUUUCAAACGGAGGGUAUGAAAUUCAAAAGAAAUAUCAAAUUAUAUAAUAAUCUGCUGUCCUGUUUGGAAUAUGUAUUGUGCAUACCCAUAUUCCAAAUACUCCCAUAGCCAAAAACAUUUCCUAUCGCAUCCCCAAAAAUAGACUAGAUCUGUCUACGAAGUGGUAUACUGGUUCUGCGGGGAAGAUACAUUUAAAGUAAUCUGCCUCUGGCGCUUCAAUAUCAACUACGGUUAACAAAGACAAAAAAGGUACAUUUCCAAUAAUGACAGCAUAAAUACUAGCAUAGUAGUUGUGUAUUUACUGUCUUAAUUGCAUGCGGAAUUACAAAACAAGUGUGUGGGAGUUAAAGCAUUUUUUUCGGCAAUUGAACAUUUCUUUUUUUUUUUUUAAUCAACUAAAUGUGAAAUAAUGCCACAUUUAAAAUAAAAACAUGCCUUUUUUGCAUGUGCUGUAUGUAGCAAGUCAUCCUUACCCGCAUACUAAGUCUGGGGAAACCUGCCUUGCAAUUUGUUCUUUUCGGCCAAUUCAAGGAAACUUAAAAGUUUGCUUUUACAAAGCUCUCUUGAUACCUGGGAACAGCCAGUGUCUGGGGUAAAACAACAAAUGUAUGGAAACACUUUAUUUAAUCUUCUUUCAUUGCUCUCCCUGCAGUAUUGUAUUUAUGUUUUGAAAACUGUACGUUUCCUCAGGAUAAAUGUAUAAAGAAAUAUGACUUAUUUCAUUUUUUUUUUUUUUUUAAAGAAGGCUUGAAGAUUUAAUGGUGGAGCCUGACUCAAAGCUGUAAUAUCUUUAGCCUUGGGAUUCUCAACCCUUGAAUGUGCCUACAGCCCCUUUGUCUCCCUGUGAUUGCUUACUUUAACCACCCCCCACCCCAAAGUCUUCAAAACCACAGACUUCCCUGAAUAUUAGCAUCAUUAUUAAUAAACUUAUUGUACUUUCAGAAAAAAAAAAAAUGAAUCCCUGCUUUUAUCUCAGGACGAAAUCUCUUUAUUUUAAUGUAGAUGUUUAAUUUAUUCUCUCCUCUGUUAUUUUUAUUAUUGUUUGACUUGAAGCAAUUAAAGCAAAUUCCUUGUCCAUUCCGGCCUCUGUCUCCUUUCUGACUUGCUGUGUUUUAUUUGAACGUCUUUCCCUCCCCAUUGACCUUCAAGAGGCUGCUUUCAGAUCUGUGCUGCAGAUCAGUGGUGGGCAUAAAGAGGAUUUCAUCUUUCUCUCCUUGUAAUCCAGUAAUAAACUGGGUCUAGUUUCACAAAGCAGUUCUAGGCAGCAGUCUGCUAAAUCCAAUUUGCUUCCAUUAAAAAAAAAUUGAAGAAAAUAACACCUAUUGUCCUUUAAU